AUGGCGGCGGCAAAGCGUGUUCGCCUUGAAGUGCUUGAGACGCUGGAUGAAGAGAGCUCAUCUUCAGAUUCGAGUUUGAGUUCCACGGACGACUCUAGUAGCGAUGAUGACGACUACGAAAUGUAUGCAGCGGCGUUUCAAGAGCUAUUUUCGCUGCCGGAGCAAAGACCGAAAGUGGAUUCGUACAUUGCAAAAACAGUGUCUUCCUACUCCGACGAGGAGUUCAAAAGAAAUUUCCGCAUUACACGGUCAGUGGCGGAACUCUUGGCAGCUGAAUUCGCCAAGUCACCGCAUUGCCCUAAAAAGAGAGAUCGCGGCGGCCUUCCUCCCAAAUCUCCUGAAGAACACAUUCUGUCCUUUCUUUGGUAUGCAGCCAACAAGGCUUGCAUUAGGGAUGUUGCUGGUCGCUUCGAAGUUGCAGAAAGCACCCACCACAGAAUGAUGAACCGGGUAACCUCAUUUCUCCUCGACAUUGCACCCAGUAUCAUCAAGUUCCCUAGUGACCUGCACAAGCUUGCUACUGAUUUUGAGCAGGUAUCAAGAUUCCCAGACACUAUUGGAUGCGUUGACGGCAGCUACAUAUCCAUCAGGUGUCCAGCUGGCAAAGUACGCUCCGUGUACGUAAACAGACACCAUUACCCAUCUGUGACCCUUCAAGGCAUAUGCGACAACAAGAAGAGAUUUCUUGACGUCAGCACUGGCGCCCCAAGUAAAAUGCAUGAUUCAAGAAUUUUCAGAAGGUCAAGGGUUGCUAAUCUGCUGCCACAAUUGUGCUCCAGUGUGUACCACAUAGUAGGCGAUGCAGCCUACCCUUUCAGAGAGCACCUCAUGACACCUAUUCGGGACUACGGAAACCUGGACUGCAGCGACAGAGCCUUCAAUGCAAGGUUGUCGGGAACGAGGGUCCUAAUUGAAAAUGCCUUCGGAGAUCUAAAGAAUCGCUUCAGGCAAUUGCACAGGUUGGACAUGUGGACAGUGGACAACAUCUCCAAGUUUAUAAUCUCAUGCUGCGUGCUUCACAAUCUCUGUAUUGAACAGGGAGAUUUGCCGGAGAACUUGUCACGAGACAUGUCCCUCAGCCUACAAACACCAAACGACAAUGACACGGGCCCUCCUGCAACUCAACAAAGCAGCGGCAGCAAUGGAUCCCAGCAAGAUAACCUUUUACGUGCCUUGGCUGGUAUCAAGAGAGCUCACUUGAUGGUGAAGAUGGGGCUGCGGAGACCGCAACCAUGA